AUGCCCAUCAGUCCAGAAGAAAACAGGGACGAGUUAAGAGAAGACGGCAGAUCCCAGUCUCCGGGACACUCUGAGAAAACAGAAAUCAGCCGGUGGGACUUAGAGACGGGAUGGAGGAGAUCCUUCACUGGAGUCAGAGCUAAGUCAGCAAAUGCUAUUCUCUUUGUGUCUCCUUUCUGUACUCCUGGGAAAGAUCAAGUGACUUUACAAACUGAGGCUCAGACAACUCACACAGACAACCAAGCGGAAGUGAAGCCGAAACAGGGAGAGCACACCGGAGUAGACGGAGAAAGUGAGACAGAAAAUCCCACAAAUGAAGCUGUUGUAAUACAAGAUGGUAAACAAGCCAAUGCUGGUGUGCAUCUAGAUGAAACCCUGCACUGUGUGUCUAUACAUACUGACACUGUACCUUAUCUGAGCAUUGGUACAGUCCAGAAUAAACCAACUUCUGAUGACUUUCACAAACAGUCCACUGAUGCAGGUCAAAGGUCACAGAGAGGAAGAGUGAUAGGGAGGAUCUCCACCUGGCCUCCAACUGCAAGUCAGUGGCAGGCAAGGUGUAACAUGAAGGAGGAAGAGGAGGAGGGGUCUGAAGAGUUCACUGACUGGACACUGAAGGUGGUGAAAGGGUUCAAGAAAGAGCAGCAUCCCUUUGCUUCUGAUCAGGAUAAACAGGAAGAGGACAUUGAGAAAACUCAAGAUGAUCCCUUAGAAAUGAGCGUGGCUCACACGACAUCUCAGGCCUUAAAACAAAACGACGAGACCCUCUCUCUCAAUCAGAAAUCUGCAGGAAAUGCUGAAAGCAAGAGCAGCAAGAAGAGGAGUGAAGCGAGCAGGCAGAGGGUGAUGAAGGCUCCCUCCGGUGGAGCCUCGCCCGAUGAUGAGACUCUGCUGUCGGGCAACCAGUACGCCUUCAUGGACCUCCUGCACGAGGUGUCCCAGAACCACGGCCGCACCACCAGAGACCGGUGGAGGCAGAUCCACGUCACCAAGCAGCGGCAGAGGGGCCGAGGGGCCGAGGAUGAACACAUACCUGACAUCAAAUAG